UUUAUUAUUAUUAUUAUUCCCUAUCGAUUUCAUCAUCAUCCUUCUUCCUUCUUCCUCUGCUUCUUGAUUUCUCCAUCGAUCUCAUCGCAAUAAUACAAUAAUAAAACUCUCUUUAGAUUCUUGCAAAAAUCAUGGAGGAUCAUCAUCAUCAUGAAUGGAAGAAGGAUUAUUUGUUCUGAUAAAAGAGACAGAGACGGAUAAUCACGACGGAGGGGGUGGAGAGAGAGAUCGACAAAUCGGAGAAAUGAAGGGGAUGAUUCCUUCCGCCGCUAAACUCCGUUUCCGAUCUUCUUCAAUCGAUUCGUAUUGCUUCGCUCAUGAGGCUUUCUCCGAUUGUAUCAUCAUCAUCUCCGUCUUCUCCGUCCAUUUCUUAUAGCCCAUUCUUUUUUUCUUCUUCCUGUCAAAUAUCUUCCAUGGAAGAGGCUGAUUUCGCCGAGAAAGAUCCUUCUGGCCGUUACAUCAGGUAUGAUGAUGUCCUGGGGAGAGGAGCUUUCAAGACUGUAUAUAAGGCGUUUGACGAAAUAGACGGGAUUGAAGUUGCUUGGAACCUAGUUAGCAUUGAGGAUGUAAUGCAGAUGCCUGGUCAACUUGAAAGGCUUUAUUCUGAAGUUCAUCUACUAAAAGCUCUAAAACAUGAAAACAUCAUCAAACUCUUCUACUCUUGGGUUGACGAAAAGAACAAGACUAUUAACAUGAUCACUGAGCUUUUCACCUCUGGUAGUCUCAGGCUAUACCGUAAGAAGCAUAGGAAGGUCGAUCCCAAGGCCAUCAAGAACUGGGCAAGGCAGAUUCUCAAAGGCUUGAACUAUUUGCAUUCUCAGACUCCUCCUGUUAUUCACCGUGACCUUAAGUGUGACAAUAUAUUUGUCAAUGGAAAUACUGGAGAGGUCAAAAUUGGAGAUCUCGGACUCGCAACUGUUCUGCAGCAACCCACUGCACGAAGUGUGAUAGGUACUCCUGAAUUCAUGGCGCCUGAGCUGUAUGAAGAGGAAUACAAUGAGCUUGUGGACAUCUAUUCUUUUGGCAUGUGUAUGUUGGAGAUGGUAACCUGUGAAUAUCCAUACAACGAGUGCAGAAACCAGGCUCAAAUUUAUAAAAAGGUCACCUCGGGUAUAAAGCCUCAAUCUCUCAACAAAGUUGAUGAUCCUCAAGUUAGGCAAUUUAUAGAGAAAUGUCUUCUUCCUGCCUCUUUAAGACCAACUGCUCUAGAUCUCUCGAAGGACCCGUUUCUUGCAAGAGAUGGGUGCAAGGACUCUGCUCUUCUUGCUUCAUCAAGCACAGCAUCUAAACCUGUGAGACCACCACACCAUGAACAUCUUCCCAUGGAUGUGGAUCAAAACGAGAAUAGAAGUGUCUCCAGUGGCUCCUCUCGUAAAAGCAAUGAAGACUACUCAUGGUGCCAAACGAUCGAACUUCAGAGGUUUGCAGAGAAUAAAGAGUUCAGGUUGAGAGGAGAGAGGAGUGAUGAUGUCACAGCAGCAAUGCUUCUGCGUAUUGCUGGCUCAUCUGGUAAAUGUCGAAUCGUACACUUUGCAUUCUAUCUGCACUCUGACACAGCUAAGGCAAUCGCUGAGGAAAUGGUUGAGGAACUGCAUCUAACAAGCGAAGAAGUUGUUGUGAUAGCUGAUAUGAUAGAUGACUUGAUGAUGCAACUUAACUCUGACCGAACCUCGUCGCAUCAUAAUCAGAACUCUCCACAUGUAGCCCAUGACGAUCAUGAAGCAGCAAAUCAGCAAACUGUGAACUCGAAAGAUGAAGAAGCUGCUGGGCAAUCAAUGAAGUCAGACAUAUCCGCAGACUAUUACUUACCCUUCUCUUCAAACAACGCAAACGCUGCCAUGGAGGCUGGUCGAGAUGCAGAGUCGAUGAACUCGUUUCUGGAUUCUUGCUCAAUGAUGUCAACCAUCUACAAUCUUUCCAUUUCAGACAAUGACUACCCAGAAGACCUCAAGACGGAACUGAACCUGAUCGAGUCACAGUUUAACCGGUCCUUCCAAGAUCUACUGAAACUGAAAGAGGAUGCUAUAGAGAACGCAAAGCGGAAAUGGAUCACGAAAAAGCAAAAAGCUGUGAUCAUCUCCUGAUUUUGAUAUUUACUCUUCUUCCCCUGAGAUUGGUGUUACAUUACUUUUGGUGUUUGGAUAUAUUUGAUUUGAUGUAAAGAAUUUUUUUUA